GGAAAAAUCUUUGGGCGAGUUUAGUAACGAAGAGACCAUUGACCAUCUUGACAAACUUCUUAGAGAGUAUGAAGAAAUGAAACAUUCUUUCGACGAAGCACUGAAAAAUAGUAAAACGUACGUAGCCAUCACACCGGGGGACAUUGAAAGCAGCAUUAACGACUUAUUCAAACUCAAGCACAAUGGCGAAAGAAUCAGGAAACUUUAUCAGUGCCAGAAUAAAACCAGAUCGAAGGAAUUUAGAAAUGAAGAAUAUGUUUAUGCCGUCCCCAACAAGAAAAGAGAAUCGUCGUGGUUUUUAAAAACCAGAAAAUGAGGAGGCGAGUAAUUUCAAUGUUUCGAUAGUUCGUGACAUCAUCGUUUUCUUUAGAUAUAAUUUACUCAUAUCAGUAGGUACCCUCAAUAUUUUAUCAUAAAAUAUAAAAACAAAUCUCAUUAUGAUGAUUACGUUUUCAUUUGAUGUACUCUUAAGUCACUUCUAUUAUUAUUGGGAUCAUAAUAAAUCUGUAAUAUUCUAACAAUAUUUUACUUAUUUAGUGCCAGUUCCCAUACAUUAUUCAUUUCUUUUUAUUCAAAUUUGUAUUCCUACUUGUUGAAAAACCAAUAGUAUCAUGAAGAAAAUAUAUGUUGUAGGUAUA